CUUGCAAGAGGGCGAGAAUACGAUCGCAGGGGUCCUAGCAAACACCUCGUCAAUUUUUGGACUAGCAACAUAGAAAAAAUACGAUUUUUAAAUGUUUGAUGAUUACGUUGCUGCAGAAAGCAAAAUACCAAAGUAAUUGUAGUCCCGACGUGAAUGCCUGCAUCCUCUUGCAAGGUGUAAUUUGGAAAUUACGCCACCACCGAACAUACAUUGUAUAUGUUCAUAUCUAACGGUUAGCUGACAGGCUACCAAGCGCAGCCAUUGGGGCAAUGGCGUUGAAAAGAAUUCAGAAGGAGCUGUCUGACUUGCAGAGGGACCCCCCUGCUCAGUGCUCUGCUGGACCAGUUGGAGAUGAUUUGUUUCAUUGGCAGGCGACGAUAAUGGGUCCUAGUGAUAGCCCCUAUCAGAAUGGAGUGUUUUUCCUUACCAUCCACUUCCCUACAGAUUACCCAUUCAAACCACCAAAAGUUGCAUUUACCACAAAAAUUUACCACCCUAAUAUUAACAGCAAUGGAAGUAUUUGUCUGGAUAUACUGAGAUCACAGUGGUCACCUGCGUUAACAGUAUCAAAAGUAUUAUUAUCAAUCUGCUCCCUUCUUUGUGACCCAAACCCUGAUGACCCUUUGGUUCCAGAGAUCGCUCAUACAUACAAAGCUGACAGGGAAAAGUACAACAAAUUAGCAAGAGAAUGGACCCAGAAGUAUGCAAUGUGAGGUUGCCAGGGAAAUGGAAAUCCAAAAGAAGAACAACAGCAACAUGUUUGAUUUGUUACUGGAGGCAUAGGGGAAAAAACAACAACACAAGACAACACGCAACCUUUUGGACAAGGCAGCAAUGUAAAAAUGUGCUGAGCUGAUCCAAUUCGCUGUCCUUGAUGCGUGCGUGGGUAUGAGCAGGACCUGAAGGGCUCCUGGAACCAGACACUACUCACAGCCCAUACGCUACACUCAAAGACUUUAAACUGUUACUCUUGCUAUUAUUGUUCUUGCAGCCAUUUUUGUUGCUUUACAUACAACCCUUUCAUUGUCAUGUUGUUUUACUGGCUGGAUUUUGGAAAUCAUCACUUUGACUAUGAGGAUGCUGCCUAUGUCCCGCUGGAUGUCUUCUCUUACUGUAUUUCCCUGGAUCUAGUGGCCUUUCUGUGUUCUAAUGUUUCGGUCAACGUGCAAUUGAGACAGAAUGUUCCCAGUUCAACACAAUAUUGGUGCAGUGCCAUUACCAGCAGCUGAUCAUAUGGCACAUACUAACACUACCCCAAGACAAUGUGAAAAUGUAAGAAAAAAAGGACUGAUCAGAUUAUCUUCCUCUGCUUUAGGAAUCGCAGCAUGUAGCGUUGAUAGCACUGGAGCUUUGCCCUCCCCCCCCCCCCCCCCCCCCCCCGGCACACUCGCACGUAGGUCAAGAUGGCAAUUGAAUUAUUUUGUUGCAUUUUGUCACUGUUCCCUUGCAGUUAGUUGUCUUGCAUAAGAAUCCAUUUAUGUUGGGUCUGCCAAAUAUUACCGUAACAAGACAUUGCUUGUAUGAUCAUGGCUACUCCUCGGCAUGUAGCUAAGCUGUGUGUUACCUCCAGUACAGUUACUCAGGUAUCGAAGCCAAUCAUCAGCCUUUGUCAUAACAGAAUAAUGCCCGGGGCCCGUAUCGUAAAUUGGACUAUUACGUUCAUAAAACAAAACAAAUGUCCUGAAAGACAAAAGUGAUCAUCUGCCCUGAUGUGUGUUUUAUAUUAGUAUUAAUUUAGUUGUUGUCCGGUGAGUUAGAAAGGAGUCUCCUUUCACGCUUCACAUUUGUUUUAUUCACAAAACUUGGAUGUGAACAACUUCACGUUAAUGCUACUGAUGCUUUUGUUGCUACUCUAAAGUGAAAUUGAAGUAAUGCUUUUCAGGGUAAGUUAAUUUUUCUUUUAUUGAGGUGAUGUAAGACUGCAGUACUCCAUGCUCCUAAUUAUGAUUGCGCAGGUAUAUCUAAACAACCUCAACUUUACCAUCUGUCUGGUUGCCACAUUUGUGUAGUGUCUUUUAAGAUAUUUACUUUUAGCCCUCUGUUGCCACAUCAUCUGGUGUAAUCAUGAUGGGAAUGUGUUAUAUAAUGUUAGUUUCAAUCUAAUACAUUGUGACUUUUGGCUAAACUAGUUAGCGUGUGCUAUUUUUUUCCAUGUACCGAUGCUGCCAAUAUAAAGUGAAACUAUUUAUUAGCAUAAAGUUCAAGAAACACACCAUCCCACACAUCCGAAAUGGUCCAUAGCAAAGCAUGAGCAUUUACUAGCUUUUAUGCUAGGAUCUAGAUCAUGGUUUUGAUUGCAAUAUUUGUUGUUGUUGUUGUAAGGAAAAUGCCCAAAACACACUAUAUUCUAAGGUUUUGAAAAGCUGUACUCAGCUCCUCCUAUUGAAUGACUGAAUGCAGCCUCAAUCCAUUGUGACUGAUGUUACCAUUGACUCUUGUGCUCAAUAAAGUUUAUAGGCAGCUUGGCAUGCUUUGCACUGUAGAGAACCUUCUCUCGGCCACUUGCCAAAUAUCAGGGAUUUUGUUAUAAUUCAUCGCCUAACACAUCUGACAUUUUUAGCCUUAAUCCACAUUUUCUAUAUACGAACGGGGGCAAAAGAAAUACAUCUUAAGUGUCAAUUACCUAAAUUUGAUGUCAUGGUUUGAGUCCCCCACCCCCUUCCCCAAUUCAGGGCUGGCUUUCAUGCAGCUUAAAUUUUGAAAUUGUGCUUGAACUGUAACAUUGAGCAUCCGCAUAUCUUCACUUUGUCCACACAAGGUAACUGUUGACAUUAAACAUGACUAAAAUCAA